AUGGCUCAAGGGAGCGGGUGUUACAAUUCAUAUUUGGAAUUACGGAUCCUCAUUGUGGAAUCUUGGGGUGAAGGUGAACUUAGGAGUAAGGAGAGAUUAAUGUGCUUUCCUGAACAUGAAUCUAACUCGUGUACAAACUGCCCGUCGCUCUCGGCGAGAGCUGAGAUAAGUCGUAACAAGUGGCUUACAUCCACUAAGAGGCUUAGAAUUGGCCGCUUGGUUUGUGUGGAAGCUUUAUUUUGGUCUCUGAGUUUUUAUGUGGUGGUAUUGUUGAGGGUUGCUUAUUUAACUCUUUUUGAGCGUAAGGUGUUGGCAGCAUCUCAGGUCCGUAAAGGGCCUGAGAUGGUUGGGUGGCUGGGUAUUAUGCAGCCUUUUGCGGAUGGUAUUAAGUUGUUCAGAAAGGAGUAUUUUACUCCAAGAAAUUCUAACCCAGCUCUUUUCUUUCUAGGCCCUUGUUUUAUGUUAUUACAUUCUUUCAUUUUGUGGGGAUGUAGCCCUGGAAUUUGGGGGUGUGGGGUUUACUUUUUUUGGGGCGGGUUGUAUGUCUUGAGGGUUUUAAGGGUUGGGGUUUAUGGGGUAGUUCUUUGUGGUUGGUCUUCUAAUUCCCGUUACGCUAUGUUUGGUGCUGUUCGUGCUUUGGCUCAGGUCAUUUCUUAUGAAGUUAUGCGUUUUUUGUACUUGUGUCCUUUUUUUGUGGUAGGGAGGUUGGACCUAGAGAGGGUUAGGUUGUCUCAGGUUAGAGGGUGCAAUGGAGGGGUUUUAUUUUUAGUUCUUCCUUGGUGGGUUUUUUGUGUUUUGGCGGAAAGAAACCGAGCCCCCUUUGAUUUUGUAGAAGGUGAGUCUGAGUUAGUUUCUGGGUUUAACGUGGAAUACGGGAGAGGUGGUUUUGCUAUAAUUUUUAUUGCAGAGUAUUCUAAUAUUUUGUUUUUAAGCACUUUGACUAGUGUAUUAUUUUUAGGUGGGGGAAAUCUUUUAGGUAAUGGGGAAUAUUUUGGAUUAAUUAGUAGAAGGGUUAUUGGGUCUUUUUUUAGGUUUAUGGUAGUUUUUUUGAUUGUUUUGUGUCGAAGGAGGUUUCCUCGGUAUCGUUAUGAUAUACUAAUGAAGUUAAUUUGGUGCCAAAUUUUGCCAAUUUUGAUAAGAUGCUUUGCCUUGUUUUUAAUAAUUAUUUAACCAAAGGGGUAAGUCCUAGUGUUGGCAAAAAGGUUUCGGCCCUUUUUGAGGGAGGUUAAUAGUCCUCUCCUUACCUUAGAUGUUUUAACUAUGCCGUUAUAUAAGUAAUAACUGUAAAAAUUGGGUAAAUCAUUUUUUAUUGUCUUAGUAGAGGAGAUAGAAUUAGACGUUUAAGCGGCGAUAGAUAAUAGAUAGUAGCGUGAGUGAAGGUUAAAUAAAUUAAACAGUGAAGUAUCGGUGGUGAGCACUCGUACCUUUUGCAUCAUGGCUUAUACUACUUUUUAUGCUGAGGAAGUAUCCCGAAAGUUUUGUGAUCUACUUUCUUACUUUACAGGUUGGCGUUAUAUUUGCUAUCUGGAGAUGGGGAGAUAGUGGCGAAAUACUUUUCGCACUGGUUGAUAGCUGGUUAUUCCGGAAAUAUAUUUAAGUAUAGUCCUUCGGUUGAUGGGGUUUACAGUUUGAUAAUCCUAAUAGUAUUCGGGCUGUUUUUCGAAGGGGUCAGCCCCCUCAGGCUAAGCUGAGGGGGCUAUUUUAAAGGAUGGUUAAUUAAGAAUGGAAAGGCUAAGAAGUGGGCUUGAAGUAGUUAUCUUUAUGGAGUGGGUUAAACCACAAAUGAGCCUUGUAUAAUAAAUUAAAUUUUACCUAUCUUUGUGUUGUACGGAAUCUCUUUUUGAAACAAUAAUCAUGGAGGUGAUAAUGUAAAGAU